AUGAGCAACUCAUCGAGUGAAAUAGCUUAUCUCAACUAUUUAUCUCGAGCUACCGUUGGAUAUGGGGGUCUAAUACUCCUCAUCCUUGGUACAAUUGGCAAUUCCAUCAACAUGGUCAUAUUUUCUUAUCUCCCUCAAUUUAAUAAAGGUCCAUCAUCCAUUUUCCUUCGAUUUUCAUUCUUUGGUAGUCAAGUAAAUCUGCUUACUAUUUUGCUGGCUCAAAUCGUUGCUCAACUUAGUGGAGUUGAUCCACUUGUUACCUAUCUUAUUCUUUGUAAAUUACGAUGGUUUAUUGGAAGCAGUAGUGCCACUAUCGGACUUUAUUGUUUAUGUUUGGCAGCUAUCAAUCAAUAUCUUCUUACAUCUCACAACUUUCGACACCAUCGGUGGAUCAAUCGAAAACGGGCAUUACUGAUGAGUAUAUGUGCUGUCAUAUUUUGUAUGGGAAUAGUUGUUCCAAAUUUGGUAUUUUAUAAACAUAUAACUAAUUCACUUAAUAAGACACAAUGUGGUGUGACUGAUCCUUUUGGUGGAAAAUAUGAUACGUAUAGCGGAUUAGUUGCAUAUAGCAUCAUUCCAAUCGUUGUUCUAUCACUAUUUUCUUUACUCACAUGGAGAAAUGUUCGAAAGAAAUUGGUACGAACUACAAUGAUAGAACAAACAUUAACCCGUUUAAUUUUUGCACAAAUUAUAAUGGUUCUUAUAGCAGCAAUGGCGUUUGCAUCAAGACGCAGUUAUGCACUGUAUCAAAUGAACGUAGUAAGGAAUGCACUUGAAAUAGCGCAAGACACUCUUCUCAACAGUGCAUUUCUAUUAGUUGGCUUUAUUAUUCACAGUUCGUCGUUUUAUACAUAUUUGUGUAGUUCUCGUAUAUUUCGUGAAAAUCUUCUAUUUUUACUUUGUAAAAAGCCAAUUUCAAAUCAAAUCGUCCCUCCACAACAAAUAUAA